AUGCGGUUUACAUUUGUUCUUACUGGAUGGGAGGGAACCGCACAUGACUAUUGCAUAUUUGCUGAAGUUGUGCGUAAUCCAAAAUAUAAUUUCCCGCAUCCACCACGAGGUAAGUAUUAUGUUGUUGAUUUUGUGUACCCCAACACUGCUGGCUACAUGGCACCGUACCGUAAUACACGGUACUACUUGUCUGAUUUUCAAAGGGGAGGACAACCUACAACAAAAGAAGAGUACUUCAAUAAUGCCCAUGCUUCUUUGAGUAGUGUCAUCGAGCGAAGUUUUGGUGUGUUAAAGGCUCGAUUCCCUAUUUUGAAGUGUAUGCCAUGCUAUCCAUUAAAGACACAACAGUUGAUAGUUGUGGCUUGCAUGGCAAUACACAACUUCAUUCGGGACAACCAGGAUAGAGACACCCUAUUUAAUGAGUUUGAGAAUGAUGAAGAGAUUGAAAUUCAACAUCCGUCUGAAACAAAUGGUGAAGGUUUCGAUGAGGUUGCUAUUGACAAUGUGGUUCAACAACAAGAAAUGUUGUUGUUUAGGCAACAACUUGCAGAUGCAAUAUAUGCUGACCAAACUCGGCCACCAUUGAGGAAGCAUAGGUCAACAUAA